GGCCACCUUAAGCUAGAGAGGCAGCAGCCAGCGUCCGUGGUCAGUGCUCUCUCUUGCUCGGCUAGCUGCAGCCAAAUUCCAAAUGGCCGCCGCUACGCAGGACGAAACAGCCGACCCAAACGGCGCCGCCGCGGCGGACGUGGAGAUGGUGGAGGCGAGCGAGCUCCGGCGGCGGACCAAGCAGCCGAGCCCCAGCGACGGCGCCGCCGCGCCAUCAUCGGCACCCGGCGACGGGGAGGACGAAGUGGCGGCGGCGUCCGUGGAGCAGGCGUUCGCGGACCAGCGGGUGCCGACGUGGCGGGAGCAGCUGACGGUGCGCGCCUUCGUGGUGAGCUUCUUCCUGGCCGUCAUGUUCAGCGUCAUCGUCAUGAAGCUCAACCUCACCAUCGGCGUCAUCCCCUCGCUCAACGUCUCCGCGGGGCUCCUCAGCUUCUUCUUCGUCCGCCUCUGGACGGCCGCCAUCCAGAAGGUGGGCCUCCUCAGGCAGCCCUUCACGAGGCAGGAGAACACAGUCAUCCAGACCUGCGUCGUCGCCGCCUACGACAUUGCUUUCAGCGGGGGCUUCGGUAACUACCUAUUGGCCAUGAGUGAUAGAAUCGCUUCGCAGUCAACCGAGGCAGAUAAUCCUCAAAAUAUCAAGAAUCCGCAUCUUGGAUGGAUAAUUGGCUUCCUCUUGCUGGUCAGCUUCAUUGGGCUUUUUGGUCUUGUGCCACUCAGAAAGAUUAUGAUCAUCGACUACAAGCUGACCUAUCCCAGUGGCACCGCAACUGCCUACCUAAUAAACGGCUUUCACACGCCCCAUGGUGCCAAGAUUGCAGGAAAACAAGUAAAGAAACUGGGCACAUUCUUCGUUCUCAGCUUCCUCUGGGGUUUCUUUCAGUGGUUCUACACAGCUACCGAGUUCUGUGGCUUCAAUCAAUUCCCAUCACUAGGCAUGCAAGCUUUCAACAACAGGUUUUACUUUGACUUCUCUCCUACCUAUGUUGGAGUUGGAAUGAUUUGCCCACAUAUUGUCAACGUAUCUGUUCUCCUGGGAGGCAUCCUCUCAUGGGGAAUAAUGUGGCCUCUCAUAGCCAAGAAAAGGGGUAUCUGGUUCUCUGCCGAUCUUGCUGAUAGCAAUCUUCAUGGAAUGCAAGGCUACCGGGUGUUCAUAGCCAUUGCCUUGAUUCUUGGGGAUGGCCUCUAUAACUUUCUCAAGAUGCUCUUUCUCACAGUUCGCUCAUUAAGAUCUCAACUCAAGAAGAGUAACGCUAGCACACUUCCAGUUUCUGAUGAUGAAACAAGUAACAGUAAUGAAGCUAUCUCAUAUGAUGAGGAGCGGCGAAAUGAACUCUUUCUCAAAGAUCAAAUUCCCUGGUACAUUGCAUACGGAGGCUAUGCUGUUGUUGCUGCCAUAUCUAUUGGCACUGUCCCGCAGAUAUUCCCACAGCUAAAGUGGUACCAAAUCUUGGUAGCCUAUAUCGUCGCACCUAUACUUGCCUUCUGUAAUGCCUAUGGUGCUGGUCUCACGGAUUGGUCGCUUGUUACAACUUACGGAAAGCUGGCAAUCUUUGCUUUUGGUGCAUGGACAGGUGCUUCACAUGGGGGUGUUCUUGCGGGCCUGGCUGCCUGUGGUGUGAUGAUGAGCAUUGUUUCUACUGCUGCUGAUUUGAUGCAGGACUUCAAAACAGGAUACUUGACACUGGCUUCCCCAAGGUCAAUGUUCAUCAGCCAAGUCAUAGGCACUGCAAUGGGUUGUGUCAUUGCUCCGUGUGUGUUCUGGCUUUUUUACAAGGCCUUUGAUAAUAUUGGCAUCAGUGGCAGCGAGUACCCUGCACCAAAUGCUGCCAUCUUCCGCAGCAUGGCGAUACUAGGUGUCGAUGGCUUCUCAUCACUACCAAAGAACUGCCUCACUCUUUGCUACAUAUUCUUUGCUGCAGCAGUCGCCAUCAACUUGAUUAGAGAUCUCGUUCCCAAGAAGGUAUCAAGAUUUAUACCAAUCCCAAUGGCUAUGGCAAUACCAUUCUACCUAGGAUCGUAUUUCGCAAUCGAUAUGUUCCUUGGGACAGUGAUCCUUUUUGUAUGGCAAAGGCUGGACAGAGCCAAAUCAGAAACGUUUGCACCUGCAGUUGCUUCCGGCUUGAUCUGCGGUGAUGGAUUAUGGGUUCUACCUCAGUCAGUGCUUGCUCUUGCCAAGGUGAAACCUCCAAUCUGCAUGAAGUUUCUGGCAAGAGGGAUGAACGAGAAGGUGGAUGCUUUCAUUCAGACACUGUCCUAGAGUGUUCGGGGAAAGAGAUGUUACGAAGCAAAGAUUCGGAUUGAUAUCACCCAUCUGUAGAUUUGGCAAUUCUCCAGAUAUUUAGAAAAUCCUUAUGUCGGCAAUAAGCCGGUAUAGUCAAGUAAAACUAUGUACAAAGGGAUGAAGGGCAAGUUUAUGCUUUUGUUGUUUGAUUUCCCAUAGUGUGUGUGUGUAAAUAUUAAAUAGUGAGAGAAGUUGCAGCAAGGUUAUCAAUUGUAUAAUCAUAAAUAAAGUUACAAUCA